GUGGCAGCUUGGCCUGACUCUCCGGGGCUCCUUUCCCCGCCCCCGCCUGCUGCCUUCCCCUGGGCAGGGGGCUGCUCCGCCCGAAGGGCACUUGUGCUUGCCCAGGGUGCUGGAGGAGGAAACCGGCGGAGCAGCUUCCCCACUCUCAGUUGCGCGUCUGGCGAUGGCGAUCAGAGGUCCUGCUGCGCUCUCCGCUGGGCACUCCCUCCAUUAGCCGCGCCGCGCCGUGCUGCGCCGUAGCUGGUGCCUCUCUCCCGGGUCACGGGAUUGGCCCCCCUUCCAGGCACGACCCCCUCCCCCGGCCCCUCGGCCUUUCCCCCCACUCCGCCAUCUCCGACCCGGGGCGCGCGUUCCCCCCGGCCCGGCUCCCUCUCUCCCUCCGGGGGCACCCGCUCCCUAGCCCCGGCCCGGCCCUCCCCGCAGCGCAGCACGGAGUCUCGGCGUCCCAUGGCGCAACCCACGGCCUCGGCCCAGAAGCUGGUGCGGCCGAUCCGCGCCGUGUGCCGCAUCCUGCAGAUCCCGGAGCCCGACCCCUCCAACCUGCGGCCCUAGAGCGCC